GAAAAGACUGUGAUGUUCCCUGUCUGACGUGUCACAUUAGGCUGUUAUUUGGAGAAACACGGUGGUUGUUAGUUGCUAAAAAAUUCAACCGCCGGACAGGUUUCCCGACUGUGAAUAACAACAAUGGCAGAACCAAGCAAACAGGACAUUUCGGCUAUUUUUAAAAGACUUCGCUCCAUUCCUACGAACAAGGUCUGUUUUGACUGUGCUGCUAAAAACCCCAGCUGGGCCAGCAUCACCUAUGGUGUGUUUCUCUGCAUAGACUGCUCUGGGACGCAUCGCUCUCUGGGUGUUCAUCUGUCCUUCAUAAGGUCCACUGAACUGGAUUUUAACUGGUCCUGGUUCCAGCUAAGGUGUAUGCAAGUAGGAGGCAAUGCUAGUGCGAUUGCAUUCUUCAACCAGCAUGGCUGCACGUCCAGUGCUGCCAAUACCAAGUAUAACUGCCGAGCCGCGCAGCUGUACAGAGAAAAGAUAAAAGCGUUAGCCACGCAAGCCACCAGAAGCCAUGGCACAGAGCUGUGGCUCGACAGCCAAGCUCCGGUCUCCCCAACGUCACCGGAUGACAAGCAGGUGGAUUUCUUCUCUCUUCAUUCACAGUCACCGUUGCUGGAGCCAAUCCAGUUACUGUUGGACGAAGGCGGGGUUCACCCUGAGCAGACCUCUCCUGAUAACCUGAACUUUGACAAAAUGACUCUCAGCUCCUCAACUACAAAAACAUCUUCAACUGUGGAAAAAGACAAAGACCCAAAUGGUAAUGUAGAGAAGGGUCCCAGUGUGGAAAUGUUGAGCGUUUCUCCAACAGCAAACCUAGAAGCCUCCUCUUUAUUCAAGAAGAAGCCAGCAGGCACCAAAAAAACAUUGGCAGCUAAAAAAGGUGGUCUGGGUGCCCAGAAGGUUAGCAGUCAGAGUUUCUCGGAGCGUGAGAAGAAAGCUCAGGAUGCAGACAAACGCCGAGAGAAAGACGAGAGCUUCACUGCUGCCAGGAAGGAGAUCGCCUCCGAGGAGUCCAUAGCUCCUUCCCUGCGACUGACCUAUAAGGAGUUUGAGCAGCAGAAGAAGCUUGAAGAUCACAAAUUGAAGGGAUUGGAAGGCAAGAAGAAGGAGCAAGUGGACAGACUGGGCAUGGGCAUGGGCAUGAGGAGUGGAGUUUCUCACUCGGUUACAUCUGAGAUGCACACCAUCCAGCAGGAAAGUCCUCUUGGAGCCAAAACGACCAAAGCGCGAAGAUUUACUGAUGACGAUGAAGAUGAAGGUUCCUUCAGUUCAAGGUCUCUCUCACGCUUUGAGGACCAAUCAGACAUUUUCUCUUCACGCUGGACUGAUGGAAGUGAUGGCGGAGGCUGGAUGAAGGAGAGCAAGACCCCGGAGCCGGACUUCUUCAUGUCCUCCACCAUCACUUCAUUUGAUGACAGGGCUGUGGCCAGGAAGAAGUCGGAGUCGGUGCCGGUCUCAGAUUCCGAAGAAGCUCGAAGGAAGUUUGGAAAUGAUGUCAAAGCCAUCUCAUCCGACAUGUACUUCGGAAAACAGGACGACUCUGAGUAUGAAGCCAAAACUCGUCUGGAGAGGUUUUCAGGAAGCGCCUCCAUAAGUUCAGCAGAUUUGUUUGAUGACCCAAAGAAGCAGACGGGAAGCUCGUACCGUCUGACCAACAUGCUGCCCAACGCUCCUGACAUGUCGCAGCUCAGAAUGGGGGUGCGCUCAGUUGCAGGAAAGCUCUCCGUAAUGGCGAGCGGCGUAGUUAACUCCAUACAGGAUCAUUACAAUUCCUAAAGCGGAAAACUCUUGUGAAGAUGUUUGGGAACUCACCAGGGAGAGACCAUUUUUCACCGCAAGUCAUCAGAUUUACCGAGUUAUUUACACUUUCUUUAUGUUUUGGUUAUUAGCGAUUAUGUAUACACAUUAAAAAUAUCACUUAAAUCAGUAAAUCUCUGAACUUUUGUGAAGUUUUCCCCCUAGAAACGCUGAAGAACGAUGCAUGUUGUGAAGACUUGAAUUCUGUUUUGUUUUCUUUGAGUUUAAGAAGUGGAAAUGCCGUUAUGGACCGUAGGGUUUAGUGGAGGAUUGACAGAACUUUAAACUCCGGAUGAUCAAACUCCAACUAAUGAAGACAAUCCUUUUAGUGAACUGAAUGAUGGAUUCACAGAAGUUUCAAUGAGACCUUUCUGUCCCGAAAGUGAACUUACAUUUGCUCCUCCUUUUAUUUUUGAAAAAGUUUGGCGGGGCCGGUGCAUUUUUCCUUAUCAAGUAUAUUACUUAUGUAGCUUCUUCAGAUCACAAAAUUAUUCAAUUCUUUCAAAUGCAGCCUUUUUUUUAUUACAAAGCUUUAUUUAUCCAAAAGGUUGUACAGAUGGUAGCUGUACCAAAGAAAUAGCUUGUGUUCUUAGCCUUUACUUCACAUCUGCAUUGACAUAAAUAGUAAUAUUUAGAUAGAAGACUUUAUUUGUAAUAACUGCUAUUCAUUUAUACUAUAUGCUUUCAAUCCACAUGCAGACAUUUGUUUCCCCAAUAACAAUAAUAAUUCCAGAGAAACCAGUGAUAAUCAGGAUGGAAUAGAGUAGAGCUAUUAGAAUUAUUAAUCAGACGCCUCCCUUAUCCCUUUCAGUUGACGGGUUCUUUUCUUUGUUCAUUGUCUUCAAAUACUUAUUACUUUUACUUUUAAACAUCAUUAAAAUUUUGGAUGGUAGUACAAUGAUACUAGGUUAUUUGGGGAGUUGUGUGGUAUAGAAACUGACAACAUCACACAGUUUUACAAGUUUGUAUUGCAAAUUUCCUCUAAAUUUAUAUAUAAAUCCUUUAAUUUCUGUAGUUUCUUUAAUAACCACUAAAGGAUGGUUAUUUGGACUCUUCUGUUAAAAGGUUUAACUUUAUCACAAAGAUAAACAUAUAGUCCAGUUUCAAAAAGAUUGUUAUUGUUGUAUUUAUUGGUAGAGAACAGAAUUAUUCCUUUGAAUCAGCUGCUUUGUUGAUUUCAGAUUUAUGCAAUUGAAGGAGCAUGUUUCUUUAAUUAGCAGAUGGGCAGACCAUGACGUUCUAUUUAUUCCUGGUUUCUAUUUUAUGAAAAUUGUUGAGUUUUUAUGGAGUAAACCAAAGUCAACAGAAUAUAGUUAGGAUUCAACAAUGUGAAGAUGAUUCUUUUACUCCAACCGAGCAUAGUGGGAUGAUUACAAGCUCUUGGUACUUUUUUGGCAUUGUUUACUUUUGAAAAACUGUGUAGAUAUUUAAAAAGAAGUAAAAACUUUCCACUUUUGUUUCUUUAUUUUAGUGCUGAAACAUAAAGAGAUCACGGCUCAGUACCCCAACUGCAAACAGAGUGUAAAAGGCUAGAAGAUUUUACAUUUAUUUUUAUUUUUAUUUAUUCUAUUACUGAGAAGAUUUCAGUGAUAAGCGUCCCUGCUCAAGAGAACCAAAAAAAAUCCACCUCAAAUAAAAUUUCUUUUUUAUGGAACUUUGUUGUCGGUCCUUGGUUUACUAAAAUAAAAACUGUCAUGAUAAAA